GGUAAGAAGGAUUCUUCCAUUCCCACACGGGAAUCACGAUGUGUUGUCGUCCCAAGUAGAUCGAGGUAAUAUUUUACUGCCUUAUGAGUUAACAAUCGUAUAAACCGCGAUAAAAUAACUUGGAAUAGCCCUGAUAUCUCGGUAUGGGGUUGCUGGAUUACUUCCGCAGACUAAAAAAGAAUUCCCGUCAUGAGAACCACACCAGUCACACACAAGAAUCAUCACAGAGCAAGACUAGCAAGACUAACAAGACUCACCGGACUAAUGUGACGAAUGAUGGAUCUUCAAGAGAUCCUCUACAUGAUAAGCAACAUGGAAAACAAACCCCCUCAUCGCAGAGAAGUGAGCAUCGAAAUGGAAACUCCCGCCAGACAAAUCACGCGUAUAAAAUAUCUGAUUCGGUGAAAGAGCAACUCAAAUCUAUCGAAAAUUACAUCGAUCGUUCGAAUAAGAAACGUCACAUCCCCAUUGAAUUCGAUAUCAUUAUUCUUGAAGUUCCACUCGAAAUUGACCGGAAUUUGACAGAACCAAGAUCCGACUCUCAAAUCAGAUUCAUAUGUAGGCCUGAAAAGCGUUGGGACGACCUUUAUUCACGAGAAUUACGUAGUGCUUGCAGAAAAUUAAAGUGGCACACAGGUGAUCAGUGGCGUCCUUGUAAUUUGCAUCCAGACGUCCGAGAUAGAUUGUUUAAAGCAACUGCUAGAGAUUACCCGGUCUACAAACCAAACAAGAAAGGCAUUGUUAUACGGGAAUCUCCACAGGAUUAUCAGAUAUGCCAGCGCAUUGAUCUUCUUCGCGACUGCGAGUCAAAAUCUGAAUAUGACUCUGAGUUGAAGAAAAUAGUGAACGAUAUUCAAAAAUACAUCAAAAGCCAUAAGGAUCAGUUCGAGGACAUGCGGUCCGAAUCGAAAAAGAGCAUCAUAACACCGAGAGAAUUGAUCAAAAAAUGGCAGAAAGAGUAUCAUUUCGAAUUUAGGAACGUACUGCGUUGGCUAAAGAAAGACGUUCAAAGCCAUCGUGUGAGCCAUGAGGAAGGCAAGCAUGGACAUUCCACAAAAAAAAGGGUGGAACGAUUGAAAUCGCGCGAGCAUAGCGGCACGGAAAGUCAUGAAUCUAGCAGAAUAAAUAGACCACACGAUUCUGCUAUUUCCCUUCCCGCCACCAAUAAACAAACUCAAUCUAAACCACGUGCACGUGAAUCAUCAAAGUAUGGUUCCGACAGUGGCACAUCUACAUCUACACAUCCGCGCCGAGUAAAAGGACGAGACAAUCCUGCUGUGUCACUUUCGGGCACUGGUAAACGAGCUCCAUCCAAAUCACAUAUAUAUGAAUCAUCAGAUUAUGGUCCGGGCAGUGGCACACCUAUACACCAGCGUAAAAAAGCCGGCUCCAGGUCGCCGGUUCGGCGUGAGCUUCAAAGCCAGUCAAAACACGAUGCUCCAAAAAAGACACACGACCAUUCGCGACCACUGUUAAUAACCACCGAUUCGUCGCCAAGUGAGUGCAAACGAGGGACGUCCCCUGGUAAAUCUGCACAUAGAGAAUCUCCUAGAAACACGCCUCGCACGCCUCGCACGCCUCACACACCUCGCAAGUCUUUGCCCCAAUCUUCAACACCAUCACAUCAUGGAAAUCAGAACUCUCCUGCACGGCCUGGAUCUAGUGAUCGCCGAGUAACUCGUGAAAGGAGUAAUCCAGACUUGCCGGCUCCCAGCACAAGUCAAUGGCAAUCACACCCUCACCUCCAAAUUCCUCAACCUCAACAACAUUCAAACUCAAAACCAUAUUCACCAACAACUCGUAACAGAAGAGACGGAUACCCGAAGCCGCCCCAUCAAGAUUCACUUUCAGUAUCACCUUUAUCAUCACCCUUAAAAUUAAACAAUACGCCAUGGGAAGAGAUGACGGACGAUGAAAAAGCAAGACAUCAUAAGGAAUUUGCAGAGGAACGUUAGUCAGGGCGCGUCAAUGGCUAAAUCCUUAUAGCUCAUGUAUUUUCAUGCACGUUUUUGUGUUUAUUUACUUAGCAUUUGUAUGUACAUAAAAAAUUACAUUAGAAUUAAAAAGAAAAUCA